GUAAAUUGAUGGUGCUAUGUACAGUAAGUACCUGUAAUAGAUAAAUAAAUAAAUACUGCUUUGAUGAAUCCAUCAUCCUGGUUGCUGCAGGUUAGUGAACCUCGCACAUCGCCCUGCUGGCUCAUGUCCAGGGGCGGACUGACCAUUUGGAAAAACUCGGGCACCGCCCGAGGGCCCGGGAUGCCCCUGGUAACUUUUUCAUAGGCUUUUUUGAGUUUGGGCAAGGACACAGGGGCCCCAUGAUCCCCUAUUGCCCGGGGG